GGGAGGAACCAGUCUGCACUGGUUUGGGUUCUGCUGGUUCUGUUUGACCCACUGGGUUCCUCUCAGGUGAUAACUCACCUGUUCAGCUAGUUUCUGCUGUUUCCUCCCGUCUGACACACCAUCCCUCAUUCCGACCUUCACCCAGGUAUGCGGCGUGGAGGUUACCUGCAGCUUUAAUGACACCAGACACACCUGAGGCCGGUCCGUUUACUGUUGGCUUAAUCCGUCCCCGUGCCGCCCUGCAGCCGCAGCGCCUCAGGGAGCUCCAGCCUGCAGAUCCACAGAAACCAGUCGGGUCAGAACCCAUCACACCUGAAAGUUCACCACUAAAUACUUAGAGCAACGUCAAAAGUCUGAAAGUCAUCUGCCUCGAACACGAGAGACAGACCUUUCUGUGGAGUUUAUCCGAGUGAGAUAAACCUCACUAAAUCAGCUGUUAGCAGGAGUAACAAACCCACUGGAGUCCUUACUCUGAGAGGCGCUAUGCACGUGCGGCUCAUUUAUCAUUUAGAGUUGGGUCAGAACCGGGCCAAACCAUCAUUCCUCCCCCGCCGUGCUGACUGCUGUUGGUGCAGCGGUGCAUUCUGGGUAAACGUUGAUACUGAAGUCAUUUCUGAUUAAACCAACUCGACCUGCCUCUAUCCCGUCGUGACCUUUAACCUUUGACCUAACUGUAGACUCUAAGGUGAGGGUUUGUCACUUUCCUAAGGACUGACCUCUGACCUGAUCCCGAAGGUUCAGAGAGAAACAGACUCAGAAACGUCAGCUGAACCUGCAGGAACCUUCUGGUUCUGCUUAAAGUUCUGCCGGGCUUCCUGGUGUCGCCGUUCGACUCGUGAACCAGUUUGAGUUUUAUGGGUUGCUGAUUUGCAUGAAGGUGCCUUUGUGGCAGCAGGAAGGUGAGAGGGAUCCAGCCGGGAGCCGAGUUUAGAACCGGCGGACACGCGUGACUGCUGCUGCCGGUGAACUGAGCGGGGCGACUCGUAUCCUGGAGACCGUCACAACAAACGCUGGUCCUCCCCCUGGAACCGGACCCAGCAGACGGUCGGAGCGUGUCCUUCACCUGUGGACGGUUCAUGUGGAGGUCUCUGAUGUCACUGAGGAGAGAGGUGUCUCCAGCUUUAACGCUGACUCGUCCUAAUCCCUUCAGGAUGCCACACCCAGGUCUAAACAGGAACCGGGUCCAGGUCCAGCUUCAGACCUGCGGUUGGGGGAGUGACUCAUUCUACUGCUGGGGGGGGGGCGCUGCUGAGGCUGAAGCUUUUAAUCUAAAUAAGAAUGUUUCGUUUAUUAUUUAAAUUUGAUAUAAAAACUAAAUCUUAGAAACUUUGUGACGCUUUAAAAGCUAAAACUGGCCCACCAAAAUAAAAGUAUUGUGCUGAGAUAUCCUGUCUAAAGUCAGAUUAUGUUAAUCUGUUUAAUCUGGAAUAACUAAACGUUCUCCGGGAUCAUCCACUAAACGGUUAAAACAGGAAACCACCAGAGACCUCAGAGCGGGGGUUUCCUCACCCCGCUUUUAUUUUGAAACUUCUGAGUUUGGAUGAAAAACUUUUUUUUUGUUCGGACUGAACCGAUUCGGGUUAAAUCCGCGCAGAUUAAGAGGAUUAUUUGGGGGGGGGUUCUGAUGUUUUGAUGCUCAGCUGUUUGGUGCAGCCUGAACAGAACCGGUUCGGAACCAGAACCACUAAGAAUUCUUUGGAAAUUCUUUCUUGCGCAAACAGAGAAAGGCUCCGCUGUUCUGCGGACGUUUUUACGACGCGCAGCUGUUCUGGAUUUGAUGAUUUAUUACCGGCGGCUUUCUGCCGCUCGACCCGGUUCGUUCCGGUUCGGAAGAGUUCGGAGCGCAGACUCUAACCCACAGGGUCUCUGAGGACUGGUUCUGAUUUGUGCGUUGAGCUGGACGGGUACGUGGUUCUGUGGGAGGGUGUGCUGUGGUACCGGCUGCGUUCCGUUUCUUCUCGGUGGGCCGGACUCUGACACCCGACACGACUGUUUUCCUCCUCCAUGUGGCUCCCAUAAAGGGGGAGGAGGAGGGGGAGGAGGUACGAGGCGCUCCGCGGUGAGCGCGCCACAAACAGUCAGCAGGAUGGCCGGGGUGGAGGAUUCGGUCCGGUCCUCCGUCCCGUCCUGGACCGGAGGGCUGCAGCAGAACUUUUCGUACCAGAGGAGGAAUUUCAUCCACGAGAUGCGCUGCGAGGACGUGGGCUUCCAUCUGUACAGCCAGAUGUGCUGCGCAGAUGAGCGGGACCGAGUCCAGAAGAAGACCUUCACCAAAUGGGUCAACAAACACCUGAUGAAGCACUGGAAGUCAGAGGCCCAGAGACACAUCACGGAUCUGUACGAAGACCUCCGGGAUGGACACAACCUGAUCUCCCUGCUGGAGGUUCUCUCUGGAGAGACUCUGCUGAGGGAACGUGACGCGAGGAACGUGCGGUUGCCACGGGAAAAGGGCCGGAUGCGCUUCCACAAGCUGCAGAAUGUGCAGAUCGCUCUGGAUUUCCUCAAACACAGACAGGUCAAGCUGGUCAACAUCAGGAAUGAUGAUAUUGCAGACGGGAACCCGAAGCUGACGCUGGGCCUGAUCUGGACCAUCAUCCUCCACUUCCAGAUCUCCGACAUCCAGGUGAACGGUCAGUCGGACGACAUGACGGCCAAAGAGAAGCUGCUGCUGUGGUCCCAGAGGAUGGUGGAGGGGUACCAGGGUCUGCGCUGCGACAACUUCACCACCAGCUGGAGGGACGGGAAGCUGUUCAACGCCAUCAUACACACACACAGACCCGGCCUGCUGGACAUGAACCAGGUGUACGCUCAGACCAACCACGAGAACCUGGAGCAGGCCUUCAGCACCGCUGAACGAGAACUAGGCGUCACCAGGCUGCUGGACCCAGAAGAUGUUGAUGUUCCCCAUCCAGAUGAGAAGUCCAUCAUCACCUACGUCUCAUCUCUGUACGACGCCAUGCCCCGAGUCCCAGACAUCCAGGAUGGAAUCAAAGCCAACGAGCUGGAGCUGCGCUGGCAGGAGUACUACGAGGUGGUCACCGUGCUGCUGCAGUGGAUCCGACACCACGUCCUCGUCUUCGAGGAGAAGAAGUUCCCCAGCAGCUACGAGGAGAUUGAGGUUCUGUGGCGUCAGUUCCUGAAGUUCAAAGAGACAGAGCUUCCCGCCAAAGAGGCGGACAAGAACCGCUCCAAGCACAUCUUCAAGUCCUUCGAGGGAGCGGUGCAGGCCGGCCAGGUGAAGGUUCCUCCCGGGUACCACCCGUUUGACGUGGAGAAGGAAUGGGGUCGUCUGCACGUGGCCAUCCUGGAGCGGGAGCGUCUUCUCCGGACGGAGUUUGAGCGGCUGGAGCGGCUGCAGCGGAUCGUCAGUAAGGUCCAGAUGGAGUCGGGGGUGUGCGAGGAGCAGCUGCACCAGGUGGAGACGCUGCUGCAGACGGAUGUGAGGAUGCUGAGCUCCGGGAAGUCCGCUCGGCACACAGCCGAGGUGGAGGCCGACCUGGAGAAAGCAGAAGGAAUGAUCCGGUUCCUCUUCAACGACGUCCAGGUGCUGAAGGACGGGCGCCACCUUCAGGCUGAGCAGAUGUAUCGCAGAGUCUAUCGCCUCCACGAGAGGCUCGUGAACCUCCGCAGCGAGUACAACCUGCGCGUCAAGUCCGGAGUGACCCUGACCCAGGUCCCCACCGCCCAGAUCCCCAUGAGCCAGGUCCACGUGGCUCAGGUCCUGCAGCAGUCGUCCCCGUCCAGGGUUCGGCCCGAGCUGGACGAGGUCACGCUGCGCUACGUCCACGACCUGCUGGGCUGGGUGGAGGAGAACCAGCGGCGGGUGGACGAGGGCGAGUGGGGCUCCGACCUGGCCAACGUGGAGACCCAGCUGGGCAGCCACCGGGGCCUGCACCAGUCCGUGGAGGAGUUCCGCUCCAAGAUCGAAAGGGCGAAAGCUGAUGAGAGUCAGGUGUCUCCGGCCAGUAAAGCCGCCUACCGGGACUAUCUGGGAAAACUGGAGCUGCAGUACGGAAAGCUGCUGAACUCCUCGAAGGCCCGCCUGCGCUACCUGGUGGAGCUGCACACCUUCGUCAGCGCCGCCACCAAAGAGCUGAUGUGGCUGAACGAGAAGGAGGAGGAGGAGGUCACCUUCGACUGGAGCGAGCGCAACACCAACAUGGUGUCCAAGAAGGAGAGCUACUCGGGCCUGAUGAGGGAGUUGGAGCUCAGAGAGAAGAAGGUGAACGGCGUUCAGGCCACCGGAGACAAGCUCCUGAGGGACGGGCACCCCGCCAGGCAGACCAUCGAGGCCUUCACAGCCGCCCUGCAGACCCAGUGGAGCUGGAUGCUUCAGCUCUGCUGCUGCAUCGAAACCCACCUGAAGGAAAACACGGCCUACUUCCAGUUUUUUGCUGAUGUGAAGGAAGCCGAGGAGAAGAUGAAGAAGAUGCAGGAGACGAUGAAGAGGAAGUACACGUGUGAGCGCUCGGUCACGGUGACCCGGCUGGAGGAUCUGCUGCAGGACGCCGCCGAGGAGAAGGAACAGCUGGCUGAGUUUCAGACCCACCUGGAGGGCCUGAAGCGGCGAUCCAAAACCGUCAUCCAGCUGAAACCUCGGAAUCCCGCCAGUCCCAUCAAGGGGAAACUUCCCAUCCAGGCCGUGUGUGACUUCAAACAGAUGGAGAUCACCGUCCACCGGGGAGACGAGUGCGCGCUGCUGAACAACUCCCAGCCCUUUAAGUGGAGGGUUCUGAACGACAAAGGCAGCGAGGCCUUGGUCCCGUCCAUCUGCUUCCUGGUCCCGCCCACCAAUAAGGACGCUGUGAACGGCGUCGCCGGGCUGGACGGGAACCUGCAGAGGCUGCAGAGCGUGUGGCAGACCAUGUUUGUGGACCUGAGGAGUCUGCUGUCCUGGCAGUACCUGAUGAGAGACGUCCACAUCAUCAGCUCCUGGAACGUCACCAUGUUUAAGACUCUGAGGGUGGAGGAGUACCGGCUGGCCCUCAGGAACCUGGAACAGCACUACCAGAACUUCCUGAGGGACAGCCAGGAUUCCCAGAUGUUUGGUGCCGAGGACCGGAUGCAGGUGGAGUCCAGCUACAACCGGGCCAACCAGCACUACCAGAUGAUGGUCAGCUCUGCAGAACAAGGCUCCGAGCCGCCCGGAUCAGGUGACCAGGACGAGUCCGUGUGUAAAACGUUCCUGACGAAGAUCAAAGACCUCCGCUUGAGGCUGGAGGGCUGCGAGAACCGAACGGUGACCCGUCUCCACCAGCCGGCGGACAAGGAACCGCUGAAGGUCUGCGCCCUGAAGACCACAGAACAAAUGAAAGUGCAGUCUGAGCUCGAGGGCUUGAAGAAGGACCUGAGCUCCAUUGCUAGGGAGACGGAGGAGGUUCUGGCGUCCCCUCAGCAGUCCGGUUCUGCCCCAAUGCUUCGAUCCGAGCUGGACCUGACUCUGAAGAAGAUGGAACAUGUGUACGGACUCUCAUCCGUCUAUCUGGACAAGCUGAAGACCAUCGAGGUGGUGAUCAGAAACACCAAAGAAGCUGAGGACUUGCUGAAGGAUUACGAGUCUCGUCUGCGUGACGUCAGUAAAGUUCCUGCUGAUGAGAAGGAGGCGGAGCUUCAGAGAAGUCAGCUGAAGUCGAUGCGGGCUGAGGCAGAGGCCGACCAGGCGACCUUUGACCGUCUGCAGGACGAGCUCCGGAGGGCGACGGCCAUCAGCGAGAAGAUGACGAGGAUCCACAGCGAGCGCGACACUGAGCUGGACCACCACCGUCAGCUGGUCAGCAGCCUCCUGGAACGAUGGCAGGCCGUCUUCGCCCAGAUCGACCUGCGGCUGCGCGAGCUCGACCUCCUCGGGAGGAGGAUGAAGACGUACCGGGAAAACUAUGAGCAUCUCAUCCGGUGGCUUGCAGAGGUCCGCCAGAGACAGGAGAAGAUCCAGUCCAUUCCCAUCGGAGACGGGAAGGCUCUCAGGGAGCAGCUGGAGCAGGAGAAGAAACUUCUGGAGGAGAUCGAGAAAAACAAGGAUGAAGUGGAAAUCUGUCAGAAAAAUGCAAAAGCUUGUAUCGAUUCUGUGAAGGACUACGAGCUCCUGAUCCUCACCUACAGAGCCCUGCAGGAUCCCACAGCCUCUCCUCUGAAGAAGCCCAGGGUGGAGGUCACAUCAGACCACAUCAUCCAGGAGUACGUGACGCUGAAAACACGCUACAGCGAGCUGAUGACGCUCAGCUGUCAGUACAUCAAGUUCAUCAGUGACGCACAGCGCCGCCUGGAGGAUGAUCAGAAAACUUCAGAGACGCUGAAGGAGGAGGAGAAGAAGAAGCUGUCUGAGAUCCAGGCUGAGCUGGAGAAGCAGAAGCAGCUGGCUGAAUCCCAGGCUCAGGCCGUGGCCAAGGCCGAGCAGGAGGCACAGGAGCUGAAGCUGAAGAUGAAGGAUGACGCCAACAAGAGGCAGGGCGUGGCGGCAGACGCCGAGAAGCAGAAGCAGAACAUCCAGCAGGAGCUGCAGCAGCUGAGGAGCCUGUCGGAGCAGGAAGUCAAGUCCAAGAACCAGCAGCUGGAGGAGGCGCUGCUCAGCCGCACCAGGAUCGAGGAGGAGAUCCGCAUAAUCCGAAUCCAGUUGGAGACCACGAUGAAGCAGAAAGCCACGGCCGAGACAGAGCUCCAGCAGCUCAGAGACAAGGCUGCCGAGGCCGAGAAGCUCAGGAAGGAGGCUCAGGACGAGGCCGAGCGGCUCCGCAGGCAGGUGGCCGACGAGACGCAGAAAAAGAAAAACGCUGAAGACGAGCUGAAACGCAAAUCUGAAGCUGAGAAGGAGGCUGUCAAGAGCAAAAAGAAGUCCCUGGAAGAGCUGCAGAAGUUCAAGCUGCAAGCUGAGGAGGCGGAGCGGCGCAUGAAGCAGGCGGAGGAGGAAAAGCUGAGGCAGGUUCAGAAGGUGGAGGAGAUCGUUCAGCAGUCUGCCUCCACCCAGCUGCAAACCAGCACCGCCUCGUUCACCCAGAAGGCCACAGAGCUGGAGAAGUCCCUCAGGAAGGAGCAGGGGACAGUCCUCCAGCUGCAGGAGGAGGCCCAAAGUCUCAGGAAGAAACAAGAAGAAGCCGACAGAGCCAGGCAGCAGGCAGAGCAGGAGCUGGAGACGUGGAGGCAGAAAGCCAACGAAGCUCUCCGUCUGAGGCUGCAGGCUGAGGAGGAGGCCCAGAGGAAGAGUCAGGCCCAGGACGAAGCCGAGCGCCAGAAGGUGGAAGCAGAGCGAGACGCCAAGAGGAGGGCUAAAGCGGAGGACGCUGCCCUGAAGCAGAAAGAGAACGCGGAGAAGGAGCUGGAGAAGCAGAGGCAGCUCGCCGAGCAGAUCGCUCAACAAAAACUGUUUGCUGAGCAAGAAUGUGUCCGCCUGAAGGCCGAGUUCGAGCACGCCGGACAGCAGAGGAGCCUGCUGGAGAGCGACCUCAAUCGCCUAAAAGACAACGUGAGCUCCACCGAGAACCAGAGGAAACAGCUGGAGGACGAGCUGGCCAGAGUCAGGAGUGAGAUGGACGCUCUUCUGCAGAUGAAGGUUCGAGCGGAGAAGGAGAUGCGGUCGAAAACCGAAAGCAGCGAGCAGCUCCUGGAGGCAGAAGCUCUGAAGAUGAAGCAGCUCGCCGAGGAAGCCGCCAGACUGAGAGCUGUCGCCGAGGACGCCAAGAAACAGAGGCAGGUGGCAGAAGAAGAGGCGGCGCUGCAGCGAGCUGAGGCCGAAAAGGUCCUCAAGGAGAAACUAGCCGCCAUCAACGAGGCGACGCGCCUGAAAACGGAGGCGGAGAUCGCCCUGAAAGCAAAGGAGGCAGAGAACGAGAGGCUGAAGAGGAAAGCGGAGGAGGAGGCUUAUCAGAGGAAGCUUCUGGAGGACCAGGCUGCUCAGCACAAACAGGAGAUCAGCGAGAAGAUCACCCAGCUGACGAGCUCGUCCGACUCUGAGCUCCAGAGGCAAAAAAGCCUCGUGGAGGAAACCCUGAGGCAGAAGAAGGUGGUGGAGGAGGAGAUCCACAUCAUCAGGAUCAACUUCAACAAAGCCUCCAAGGAGAAGUCCGAUUUGGAGUUGGAGUUGAAGAAGCUGAAGAGCCUCGCAGACGAGACGCAGAAGAGCAAGCUCAAGGCUGAAGAGGAAGCAGAGAAGUUUAAAACACUCACAGCAGAAGCGGAGAAGAAGAGACAAGAAGCUGAAGAGAAGGUGAAGGAGAUCGCCGCAGCGGAGCAGGAUGCAGCUCAGCAACGCAAAGCUGCUCAGGAGGAAGUGGAUCGGCUCAAAGCCAAAGCAGCUGAAGCCAAGAAGCAGAGAGACCAGGCGGAGAAGGAGGUGGAGAAGCAGGUGAUGCUGGCCCAGGAGGCGGUGCAGAAAUGCAGCGCUGCUGAGCUGAAAGCUCAAGAUGUUCUCAGCAAGAACAACCAGGACGCUCUGGCUCAGGAGAAACUGAGAGAGGAGUUUCAAAACGCCAAGAAGCUGGCCGAGUGUGCUGAAAAGGCCAAAGAGAAGGCAGAGAAGGAGGCUGCGUCCCUCCGGCAGAAAGCCGAAGAGGCUGAGAGGCAGAAGAAAGCUGCAGAAGAAGAAGCUGCCAAACAGGCCAGAGCGCAGAAGGAUGCAGAAAGACUGAGGAAAGAGGCAGAAGAAGAAGCGGCGCGGCGAGCUGCAGCAGAGGCGGCGGCGCUGAGGCAGAAGCAGCAGGCCGAUGCCGACACGGCCAAGCACAAGAAGGAGGCAGAAGAAGCUCUGAAGCAGAAGUCUCAGGUGGAGAAGGAGCUCUCAGCCAUCAAACUCCAGCUGGAGGAAACCGACAAGCAGAAAAAGGUGCUGGAUGGAGAGCUUCAGAGGGUCAAAGGUGAAGUUAACCACGCUGCCAGACAGAAGGCGCUGGUGGAGGAAGAACUGAGCAAAGUCAAGGCCCAGAUGGACCAGCUCCUCCAGAUCAAGCUGAAGAUGGAGGAAGAGAACCGAACCCUCGCGCAGAAGGACAAAGACAACACCCAGAAGUUACUGUCAGACGAGGCGGAGAAACUCAAGAAGUUGGCAGAAGAAGCUGCUCGACUCACACUGGCGGCUGAAGAUGCUGCCAGACAGCGGCAGACGGCAGAGUCCGAGCUGGCCAGACAGCGAGAGCUGGCGGAGAAAACCAUGAAGGAGAAGAUGCAGGCCAUCCAGGAUGCUUCCAAACUGAAGGCUGAAGCAGAGGAGCUCCAGAAGCUGAAGGACCAAGCUCAGGAGAAAGCUGAGAAACUUCAGGAGGACAAACUGCUGAUCCAGCAGCGACUCAAAAAGGAGACAGAAGACUUCCAAAAAUCCCUGGAGGCGGAGCGUAGGAGACAGCUGGAAGUGUCCGCCGAGGCCGAGAAGCUGAAGCUCAGGGUGAAAGACCUCAGCGGGGCCCAAACUAAAGCUGAAGAGGAGGCCCAGAAGUUCAAGAAACAAGCCGACGAAGCUAAAGCUCGUCUUCAAGAAACGGAGAAGCAAGUGGCGGAGAGCGUCGUUCAGAAGCUGGAGACUCAGAGGCUGCAGAGCACCAAGGAAGCCGACGACCUGAGGAGAGCCAUCGCCGACGUGGAGAAGGAGCGAGAGAGGCUGAAGCGAGAAGCAGACGAGCUCCAGAAACAAACCAACAAGAUGGAAAGUGCUCAGCUGGAGCAGAUGGAGCAGCAGAAGGCCCUGCUGCAGCAGUCCUUCUCCACUGAGAAGGAGCUGUUGCUGAAAAAAGAAAAGGCUGUUGAAGACGAGAAGAAGAAGCUGGAGAAGCAGUUGGAGGAGGAAGUGAAGAAGGCCAAAGCUCUCAAAGAUGAGCAGGAGCGUCAGCACGCACGGAUGGAGGAGGAGAGGAAGAAGCUUCAGGCUGUGAUGGAGGAGGCUCUGAGGAAACAGAAGGAGGCUGAAGCAGAGGUGAAGAGCAAGCAGAAGGAGGUGGAUGGACUGGAGAAGAAGAAACUGGAGCAGGAAAAACUUCUGGAGGAGGAAAACAAAAAGCUCAGAGAAAAGCUGCAGACUCUGGAAGGUGCUUCAAAGGAAGGAGCCUCCAAAACGAAAGAGAUGGAAGUUCAGACCGAAAAGGCUCCUGAGCAGCAGACGGUUACCGUGACAACGGUGGGAACAACAAAGAAAGCAUUUGAUGGUUCGGUCGAAGUGGACGGGGUGAAGAAAGAUGGAGGAUCGCUGUGGCUGUUCGAUGGAAUCAGAGAGAAGGUUCCUGCAGAGAGGCUUCACGACAUCGGAGUCCUGACCAGAAAAGACAUGGACAAGCUAAAGAAGGGAAAGGUCUCUGUCCAAGACCUGGAGAAGACGGACAAAGUUAGAUCCUGUCUCAAGGGUCAGAGCGGUGUCGGGGGAAUCUUGACUCCAUCCAAAGAGAAGAUGAGCAUCUACCGGGCCAUGACGGAGCACCAGAUUACUCCCACCUCUGCAGCCAUGCUGCUGGAGGCUCAGGCAGCCUCGGGCUUCCUCGUUGAUCCCGUGAAAAAUCAGCUUCUCUCCGUGGACGAGGCAGUCAAGGAAGGGUUGAUUGGCCCUGAGCUUCAUGACAGGAUUCUGUCUGCUGAACGAGCAGCCACUGGUUUCAAAGAUCCGUACACGGGAGCCAAGAUCUCCCUUUUUGAAGCCAUGAAGAAGGGUCUUAUCGACAAAGAGCAGGCCACCAAGUUCCUAGAUGUGCAGCUAGCGACUGGCGGCAUUGUUGACCCGAUCAGUAGCCACAGGGUGCCACUCCAGACCGCCUACAAGCAGGGUCAGUUUGAUGCAGACACUAACAAACAACUGACAGAUCCCAGCGAGGACCUUAAACUGUUCAUGGACCCCAGCACCCAGGAGCAGCUCACCUACAGACAGUUACUGGAGAGAUGCAGCAAAGAUCCGGAGACUGGCCUGCUGAUUUUACCAGUGACAGACAAAGCUGCCCAGGGUGAAAGAACAUUCACCGACAUGGAGACCAAAGAAGUGUUCAGUAGAUCAAACGUCCACGUUCCGUUUGGGAAGUUCAAAGGAAAAACUGUCACCAUCUGGGAGGUCAUCAACUCAGAGUAUUUCACCGAAGAGCAACGACGAGAACUGAUCCGCCAGUACAAAACAGGAAAGAUCACGGUGGAGAAGAUCAUCAAAAUCGUCAUUACUGUAGUGGAAGACAAGGAGAAGGGCAGUGGGAGUGUGUUCGGCGGUUUGAGGACUCCAGUUUCCGCCAGCGAGCUGCUCGAGUCUAAAGUUAUAAACAAAGAUUUGUUCAACAAACUAAGCAAUGGGAAGAUUUCCGUGACGGAGGUUUCUGAGAUGGAUCCGGUGAAGAAAGCUCUGCAAGGAACUCCCAGCAUCGCAGGACUGUUGCAUGAACCAAGCAAGGAGAAGAUGCCUUUCUAUCAAGCCAUGAAAAGAGAGCUGAUCUCUCCAGAGACGGCUGCGACGUUCCUUGAAGCUCAAGCGGCGACAGGGUUUCUCAUCGAUCCUGUGAAAAACGAGAGGAUGCCCGUUGAUGAAGCUGUGAAAGCUGGCCUCGUCGGUCCAGAGCUGCACGAACGCCUCCAGUCAGCGGAAAGGGCCGUCAGCGGCUACAAAGAUCCCUACACAGGGAAGACCGUGUCCGUUUACGAAGCCAUGAACAAAGGCCUUGUGAAGAAAGACCAGGGCAUGCGUCUGCUAGAGGCACAGCUUUCAACCGGUGGAAUUAUUGAUCCGAUUAAAAGCUACCGAAUCCCACACGAGGUUGCCUGCAAGCGUGGGUAUUUUGAUGACAACAUGAGCAAAACCUUGAACCAAAACACAGAUGAGACUAAAGUGUUUUAUGAUCCUAACUCGCAGGAGGAGGCCACGUAUGCACAGCUCAUAAAACAAUGUGUCACAGAUGAAGACACCCAGCUCCUGAUGCUUCCUGUCUCACCGAAGGCCCCGAAGCCAAAGGAGGCUGGACAGAUCACAGAGGCCAAAACAAAAGAAGCCCUGAACCAAACCGCCAUGGAGCUGGAGUCCGGACCGUUCAGAGGCAGAAAGGUCACAAUCUGGGAGAUCAUGAACUCUGAAUACAUCACAGAGGAACAAAGAGUCCAGCUGGUUCGUCAGUAUCGAAUGGGACUGGUUACUAUUGAGAAGUUAGUAAAGAUUGUGAUAACAAUGGUGGAUGAAAAAGAAGACAAAACAAAGGAAGAGGCUUGCUUUGAAGGACUCAGAGCACCAGUCACUGCCAGCUCGCUGCUUGAUUCCAACAUCCUGGACAAGACCACAUUUGAUCAACUUCAGCAGGGUAAAAAGACGCCCAAAGAAGUCGCCGGUACUGAUAAAGUCAAGAAGUACCUGCAAGGCACAGACCGCAUUGAUGGUGUCACUCUGCAAGACUCUGAUGAGAAGUUAAGCCUUUAUCAGGCAAUGAGAAAACACGUUCUGCAGCACAACACUGGACUGGCUCUUCUUGAGGCCCAAGCUGGUACCGGAUCUAUACCUGACCCGGUUAAAUACCUGAAAUACUCUGUGGAUGAUGCUGUAAAGGCUGGAGUUGUUGGCCCAGAACUUCACGAGAAGCUUCUGUCAGCUGAAAAAGCGGUGACAGGAUACAAAGAUCCGUACACGGGCAACAAGAUUUCUCUAUUCCAAGCUAUGAAGAAAGAGCUUGUGUUGAGGGAGCAUGCCAUUCCUCUGUUAGAGGCUCAGUUGGCCACGGGAGGUAUGAUCGACCCAGUCAGCAGCCACCGUGUUCCCAAUGAUGUGGCCAUUCAGCGUGGCUUCAUCAGCAAAGACAUGUUAAAGUCUUUCAGGGAAGCGACUGGUGACGUUAAAGGCUUCAUUGAUCCCAAUACUAACAAAAGUGCAACGUACCGUCAGCUGCUGGAGACAUGCAAGAGAGACCCCACCUCUGGUCUGUGCUACCUACCACUGUCGAAGGUAGAAGCCCCAGCACCAGCUGAGAAGGCCUAUGAGUUCACAGAGGAGCAAGCACAAAAGGACCUGGGCAACACUCAGAUUGAGAUACCGCAUAAGAGCUUUGCAGGGAAAAGUAUGACUAUUUGGGAAGUGUUGAACUCAAACAUGCUUCCAGAGGAAGAGCGGCGUCGCCUCAUGGAGCAGUAUCGCUUGGGCCAAAUUACUAAAGAGCGGAUGCUGAUCAUCAUCAUCGAGAUCAUUGAACAAAGAGAGACUGUGAAGUCUGAGCAGACCCUGUCGUGUGACGUGAUCAGGCGAAGAACAACCAUCGAGGAGCUGUACAGUGCUCGGAUCAUUGACUCUAAGACCUACAACCUACUGAAACAAGAGAAGAUGAGUAUUCGAGAGGUGAUGGAUGCUCCAUCAGUGAAACAGUACUUGUUUGGCACUGGUUGCAUUGCUGGAAUUAUGUCAGACAGUCCUCCGAGGAUCAGCGUUUACCAGGCAAUGAAGAACGGACAGAUUAAACCCGAAGUGGCUUUGCAACUCCUUGAGGCCCAGGCAGCAACAGGAUUCAUGAUCGAUCCCGUUAAAGAUGAGCUCCUCACUGUUGACGAAGCUGUACGUAAAGGUCUUGUUGGCCCUGAACUCCAUGACAAGCUUCUCUCGGCUGAGCGGGCAGUGACUGGUUACAAGGAUCCCUACAGCGGAAAAGUCAUUUCUCUCUUCCAGGCCAUGAAAAAAGGCCUGAUUCCUGAGGAUUAUGCCCUCCGACUUUUGGAGGCCCAGAAUGCCACCGGAGGACUGAUGGACCCUGAAUACUACUUCCAUCUUCCGACAGAUGCUGCAAUGCAACGGGGAUAUAUCAACAAGGAGACGCUGGACAGAAUAACUGAGCCGACUUUAGAUGUGCGAGGGUAUGUUGAUCCAACCACUGAUGAGAAGCAGUCUUAUGCUCAGCUGCUGAAAAGAUGCAGGGUUGAUAAAGAAAGUGGACUGAAGUUGCUUUCCCUCGCAGACAGAAGGCUUCUCUUUAAGGGUCUCAGAAAACAAAUCACUGUGGAAGAACUGCUCCGGUCACAGAUCAUCAACCAAAAAACCUACAAUGAGCUCAUUGAGGGUGUCGUCACGGUAGAGGAGAUCAGCAGAAACCUGAAGAAGUAUCUUGAGGGUACUAGCAGUAUUGCUGGUGUGUAUGUUGAAUCUUCCAAAGACUGCCUGUCCAUCUACCAAGCAAUGAAGAAGAACAUGAUCAGGCCAGGAACUGCGUUUGAGCUUCUUGAGGCUCAGGCUGCUACAGGCUACGUGAUCGAUCCCAUCAAAAAUUUGAAACUGAAUGUGAUCGAAGCAGUUAAGAUGGGUGUCGUUGGCCCCGAAUUUAAAGACAAACUCCUCUCAGCCGAACGAGCGGUCACAGGCUACAAGGACCCCUAUUCUGGCAAGAUCAUCUCUCUUUUCCAGGCAAUGAAAAAGGGACUCAUUUUAAAAGACCAUGGCAUCCGUCUGCUGGAGGCUCAAAUUGCCACAGGAGGCAUAAUAGAUCCGGAGGAAAGCCACCGUUUGCCUGUAGAAACUGCUUAUGAACGUGGCCUCUUUGACGAAGAAAUGAAUGAGAUCCUCACCGACCCCUCAGAUGACACGAAAGGUUUCUUUGACCCAAACACAGAGGAAAAUCUCACCUACCUGCAGCUGAUGGAGCGAUGCUUGACAGACCCAGAGACCGGCCUUCGUCUUCUGCUGCUAAAAGAAAAGAAACGAGAGAGGAAGACAUCGUCCAAGUCUUCAGUUCGCAAACGAAGGGUUGUCAUCGUCGAUCCAGAGUCGGGCAAAGAGAUGUCCGUUUACGAAGCGUAUCAGAAGGGUCUGAUUGACCACCAGACCUAUCUGGAACUCGCAGAGCAGGAAUGUGAAUGGGAGGAAAUCACCAUCACCUCAUCUGAUGGCGUCGUGAAGUCUAUGAUCACUGACCGGAGGUCUGGCCGGCAGUACGAUAUUGAUGAUGCCAUCUCGAGAGGCCUGAUUGAUAAGUCGGCUCUGGAUCAGUACCGAGCUGGAACGCUGUCCAUCACCGAAUUUGCAGACAUGCUAUCUGGAAACAUGAGUGGCAGCAGAUCCCGUUCUUCGUCCUUUGGGUCCACUUCCUCCUACACCAUGAGUCCAGUGCCUACUAUAAAAACACCAGCAACAACCUGGAAUGACCCGACAGAGGAAACUGGACCUGUGGCGGGGAUUUUGGACACAGAGACCCUGGAGAAGGUUUCAGUCACAGAAGCCAUUCACCGAAACCUGGUGGAUAAUAUAACCGGUCAAAGGCUGCUGGAGGCUCAGGCCUGCACUGGAGGCAUCAUCGACCCCAACACAGGAGAGAAGUUUUCUGUUGCCGACGCGCUGAAUAAAGGACUCGUUGAUAAAAUCAUGGUGGAUCGCAUCAGUUUAGCCCAGAAGGCAUACAAUGGCUUUGAAGAUCCCAGAACUAAAACCAAAAUGUCUGCAGCCCAAGCUCUGAAGAAAGGGUGGCUUUACUAUGAAGCCGGACAGCGGUUCCUCGAGGUCCAGUACCUCACCGGUGGGCUGAUUGAACCUGAUGCCACUGGUAGAGUCUCCAUAGAUGAGGCUUUGAAGAAGGGCACCUUAGAUGCCCGCACAGCGCAGAAGUUACGGGACGUUAGCGCAUACUCAAAAUACCUCACGUGCCCUAAAACCAAGCUUAAGAUCUCCUACAAGGAUGCAAUGGAAAGAAGCAUGACUGAGGAGGGAACUGGUCUGAGACUCCUUGAAGCCUCAUCUCAGUCCAGCAAAGGCCUUUACAGUCCCUACAGCGUCAGCGGUUCAGGCUCUGCUACUGGGUCACGCUCCGGGUCGAGAACUGGUUCCAGGUCCGGCUCCAGAAGAGGCAGCUUCGAUGCCACAGGGUCAAGUCUCACGACGACCUUUUCAUCUUCGUCCUACAGCUCAACCAGCUUUGGUUCUCCAGGUUUCAGUUCUCCGAGCUACAGCCGGCGCUUCUGAAGGCUGAUCACCUGACGCCUGGAUCUUUGUGGAGAAAGGAGGACCUUUAUUCUGCUCUGCAUGGCGAUGUUACAAUACUUACACCUUUAGAUUUUCUACACAGUUACUCAUGUUGUUGAUUGUAUAUUUUACUGGUUAAGGCCCGUGUGCGCUGACCUGUCAGACGCAUGGCUGCGUACCGUAAACUGUUUUCUCUGCGUGUAACCCGAGCGCUUCCACGUGCGUUUUGAUUGAACACCAAUAUGAGCUUUUAGUGUUCCACUAACACACACUUAUUUAGCUACUGUUCUGAGUCAGACAGAUGAAAACCAGCUGGAUGUACAAACUGAAACUUUUGUGUAUAUUUCUGAAAUUGAGGAAAGCGUAGCGUCUCUGCAGAGCAGAAUUUGGACUCAAACAAAGAAAAUCAAGAACCUGCUUUAAGAACGCAAAGCUUCAAGAUCUUUUUUCUCCUGGUGGCAUUGCUGCAACUACUCUACAAACACAGAAAAAGUCCAUCAUCCUCAGUGAACCCAGCAGGAAUCCCGCAGUCAGACCCAAACGUGCGCCUUGGGAAAUAAACAGGAAGUUUAAGGGACAGGAAUCUGGAGAUGACUGAAGCCAUCCGACAGCUCGGCACGCUGGAUCUCUGCUCUUCUGGUCACUUUGAAAGAAAGUUUCCUCCAACUUCCUGUUUCCUCCAGAUCCCAACUCGCGUCUUCCUGUUGUCUCCGCAUCCUGACGGGGACGUCUCCAGACACUGGCUUUCAUCUGGACUGAGUAUCAUUUAAUCACUGAUUUUAUGCAACAACGCUGCCUGGUUAGUUUUGGUGCGUUUUAACAUCCAAGCUCAUGCUGUGCAAGUGCCUGCAGGACACAGUACUCUUACUGGGAGGACUGGGAGACACCGCAGAACUGACUAUGCAAACUGCUGCAUGAGUGAAAAUAAGCAAUAUUACUCCUAAUGUUUGUCUCACCAGGUGAACGUCAAGUUCAGAAUAUAAAAUAAAAUAACGGCUCCAAAGCCACAAGACUCUAAAUGAUGGCGUGAACGGGUGCAUCAUGUUGUCUUCCACCGAAUCACGAAGGUUUCUCUGUUGGCGAAAGCCUCAACCGGAGUGAGAAAGAUCUUUCAGCUUUGCACCACGUCCAGUAUUUGUAUUUUACUCCACACCUGUUUGCUUCAGUCGCAGGUUUGACCGACAGCGUUUUAUUUUCAUACUCUAUUUUUGCUUUGCUUGCUUUACUAAUUAAAAGAUGCAAACAUUUAAAUACCUGUAUCCUCUAAAGCUUUGCUUAUUUUUGUGUUCGAAGCGCUUUGAAGGGUGUAUUUUAGUGAGAAUCAAGCCUGGUGUAUUUAUAAUAAAAUGGAGACGAGGACGUUUAUUGUAACACCAACAUAUGUAAAUAAACACAGAAAUUAAAAACAAAAAAAAACUA